AUGCAGGAGCUACGCCACAGGGUGCAGAACCUGAAAUGGGAGCUAGCAAGCAGAAAGCGCUACCAGCCAGCCCUGAGUCAACAUCGGUCCUGGUCCCCCCUAAGGAGGGAAACCAGGGGAAGAAGUUUCAGGAGAGACCACUCCAAGGACACACCGAUCCCCGGGUCUGACCCAGAAAGCCAAGGGAAAAGCAGAGAGGCACCGAGGAGAUGGCAAAACCCUAUAAUUUACACCCGACCUUCAGCGAGACACAUUGAGGAGGAAAAUCGAGAGGACAGCAGAGAGAUCAUGGGGGCAACCCCUUUCCACCACUCUAUUCUCAAGGUCCAGCUUCCGAAGCAUUUUGAUAAGCCGACGGACAUGAGAUAUGAUGGCAUCCAAGAUCCUCAAGAAUAUCUAACGGCCUUUGAGGCCAGGAUGAAUCUGGAAGGCGUGGGUGAUGAAGUGAGAUGUCGCGCCAUCCCCGUGACCUUAGCGAGGACGGCAAUCCGCUGGUUCAACGCUCUCCUCCAAGGCUCCGUGACAACUUUUGCAGACAUAACCCGCGCCUUCCUAGCUCAGUUUAUCAUGCGUAUUGCUAAAGCUAAGAACCCGAUCAACUUGUUGGGGUUGACGCAGAGAAGUGAAAAACCGACCAGGAAGUACCUGGAUAGGUUCAAUGAUGAAUGCUUGGAGAUUGACGGCCUGACUGAUUUAGUGGAAGCACCUUACCACCAAGCCUGUGUGAACGAUGCAAAAAUCCAAAAUGUGGCCAGGGAGUAUAUCAACGAGGAGGAGGUCAGCCAAGUCGUGGCAGCCAACAAGCGGCAGCCCACCUAUAAACCUGCUCGUCAGCCCAGUAACGGGGAAAGGCCCAAAGAUCACUCCAAGGAUGGAGGGCCAGCUAAAGCCUUCAAGCCAUUCCCCCAGGUAGGGAAGUUUACUAACUACACUCCCCUGACAGCCCCGAUCGUCGAAGUGGACCAGCAGAUAGCCGACAAAGGCAUCCUAUCGAAGCCCCGACAACUCAAGGAUAGAACUGGGGGGAACAAAAACCUCUAUUGCGACUACCACAAGGGCUUCGGCCACAAGACUCCAAAUUGUUUCGAAUUGAAGGAUGCUCUGUAG